UUUUUUGUGUUUGUUUUGUUUUCUUUCGUUGAAUUUCUUUUGUCAGCUACUUUCUCAGCCAAACAAAUAUCUAUUGUAAAGUUUUAAAUUGUUUUUUUUUGUUUGUUGUGCACAAAAAUAUUAAACGUCAUUUAAUUGAUUGAUAAUUUAAAAAACAAAAAUGUCGGAAAAAAGUAUUUCAAAUAAACCGGAUGAUGAAAAUGAUCCAUCAUCAACACAAGUAUCACCACAAUCAGAAAUGGGUGAAAAAUCAUUAGCACAAAAAUCGGAAAAAUCAUCAACCGAUCAGAAAAAAGAUGAUGAAGAAGGUGGUGGCGGUGGUGGUGGUGGUGGUGGUGGCAAUGCUAGUCCUUCAUUGGAACAACAACAACCUCCAGAAAAUAAUGAACAAUCAACAACAGCAACUAAUGAUGAUAAACAUCAAGCAUCAACAUUAGAAAGUGAAAGUCAAAAAGAUAUAAAUGAUGAUAUUGGUGCGGAUGAAAAAUCUGAUGCAGAAGAAAAAGAAACAGUACCACAAAAGAAAGAUGAAAAACAAAAAUCUUCAAAAAAAUCGGCAAAAUCUUCAGUCAAAGAAUCAUCAGGAAAAGGAAUGACAAAACGUCGUAAAGGUGAAAAACUUACUAAACAAAAUUGUCGAAUUGGUUUUGUUGGUGCCGGUAAAAUGACCGAAAUGAUUAUAAAAGGUUUAUUAGAAUAUGCCGGUAUUACAGCUAAACAAAUUUUUGUUGCAUCAAAAAGUGGAAAAAAUCAUGAUCAUUAUAAACAACUUGGUUGUUCUGUAACCAAAAGAAGUUAUGAUAUAUUUGGUAAAAUGGAUUGUGAUGUUGUAUUUCUUGCUAUUCAUGGUUAUGUUAUUCGACAAUGUUAUCAACAUGGUGGUAUAAGACCAUUAGCAUUGACAACGAAUUUCAUACCAAAUCAACGUCAUCCAAUUUAUAUAUUAUCAUUAGUUGGUGGUAUACCAAUUAAUGAUAUUAAAAAAACAUUAUUGAAUCCAGAUCAUCCGGAUAAAUAUCAGAUAGAAAUGCAUCGUAUUAUAUUGAAUCAUUCGGUUGGUUAUGGCCAAGGCAUUGGUUCAUUGGAUGUUGAUUUAGAUUCAAAAAAUUGUGCACAAAUUAUACGUGAAUUAUUAACACCAUUAGCACGAUUUGAACAUACACCUGAAAAUCAAAUGGAUAUUGCUUGUGCAUUGGUUGGUUGUGGUUCAGCAUUCUGUUAUUAUUUUCUUUCAGCAAUAUCGGAUGGUGCAUUCAAAAAAGGAUUAAACAAAGCAAAAGCAAUAAAAAUAGCUGCCGAUGCAUUACGAUCAGCAUCCGUAUCAUUAUUAGUAUCGGGUAAAAAUCCAAGCGAUUUACGUGAUACAUAUGCAUCACCAAGUGGACCAGCUAUAUAUGGUAUAUAUGUUUUGGAUAAAGAUGAUUUUCCAUCCGGUAUUUCAUCGGCUGUUGAUUCUGCAUAUAAACGUAUUAAAGAAUUGGCUGAUAAACCAGUAACAUCAUAAAUCCGAUAUGAAGAGAAAGAAAUGAAAGAGAGAUGGAUGAAUGGAUGGAUGGGAGUGAGCAUAUUUGAAAAAAUUUUUGACUG